AUGGCACUAAAUGUGGAGGACCCGUGGCACAGGUAUUUGCCUCCUGCAGAGACGCGUUUGCUGUUUGUUAUCUCCAAUGGAUGCCGAGUCUCUCCUGCUUUACAGGUGCUGAAAGUCAACAAUGUGGAAGAGCAACUGGAAUUGGCAAUGCAGCAAUUUCUGGAGAAUUACGUCAUUGUCAACGACGAAAAAUUGCGUGUCACCAUACCCAAGCAGCUAGACUGGUUCCGGAAGGACUUCACUGGAAAGAGUCUGGGCACAGAUAUAGAGCAGGGUCAUAUCUACGGGGGCCUGCUCAACGUGGUGGCGCCCCACAUGUCCAAACAGCUGGGGGAGAAACUGGAGAGUUUUGUCUUGAGCUGCCAGCCAGGCAAGAUACAGCUGGAGGAGAAGCCUAGCUCACCAGGGUUGCCAUUGAGACCCAAGUUACACCGUGGACGCUCCUUCAACUUCACGGUCAGAAUCGAGCCAUACGACUUCUCCUAUGGCUACAAGUUUGAGUAUCGAUCCGCAUCCAAAAUGAAGAAGCCGAUUCUGACACACCGACGCAGCUCUUCCCAACCAGAAGGCCUGCUGGGUGAGGUCCCUGUCAGGAACUUUGAGUGCCUGUCCCGUCCGACGUUCAGCAUGACAGAGUCCACCCUGGCCUACCUGCACUCCAAGUCCAAGCUGGUGGCUUCCUUGGCUGGCCUCGUCAGCAUGUCGGUGGAUGACCGGCCGGACAGAUUUGCCCUCAAGAAGUCAGUUGAGAGUAGUGGUAGCUUUAGCAGCUCUUUUGGUAGCCCAAUGAGCUUGGUCUUUGACGAAGGGGCAUUUGGUGAGGACAGGGAGUUCCUGCCGGACAUAACAACAUCACGGAAGGAGAUGGCCAAGAUGGCUCAGCAUGUGAUUGGCUACUCUGCCAUGCAGCGCUACCUGGAGUCCUACAUGUCGAAUAUCAUCGAAACUGCAGAGAUGCUGCAGAACAAAGCCAGUAGUCUCCAAAUCCCAGAAGGCCAUCCGGCUAACAACGUAGCCUUGACCAUGCGCAACGCCCACGCCUGCACCUUAGCCAACCUGCAUAGUGACCACUACCAGGCUAUGGUGUACUUCAGCUUGGAUCACCUCAUCACCUACUCCAAGUGGACGGACGCCUUGCACCUCAUUCACUCGCUGCCGAACUCGGAUGCCUUGAGCGAUUGGCUGCCGAACCUUUCAGUCAUACAGGACUUUGUGCUCUGCUGUGCAGCUCAGGCUGAUCUUCCUGGUAACACGGAUGAGUUACUGAUGUCUGAUUCCUGGAGGGCGCUGAUGUGCCUCCGAGACAAAGACUUGUGUGCGCGGGUGACCCUUGGUCUGUUACCCAGACUGCCAGUGGCUGUGGGUCUGCAGUUACUGGAGCACUGUGUGGCAAAUCCUGCCUCAGAAGCCAGUCUGAAGGAAGCUGUUGCUUUUAAGUUGGAUCAAAUGAAGACCUACAGUAAGAUCACUGAGUAUGCACAGGCCAACGACUCGUCCACGACCUUUGACCUAGACACGCAGGACGAGAGCCACCCUGACGCCAUGCUGACCUCUCCGAGCCCUUACAUCCAGUGGCAGCAGGUGGCCUCUGAUAGCCUAGACAACCCCCACGCUGUCUUGGGUGUGCUGCUAGCUGCCAGGGACUUUGAGCUGGCCAAGGAGUGGGCAGUCCUGCAUGACGUCUACCCAGAUUUGAAAGAGACAAUUCAUGAGAAACAUCUACUACACCUAUUGAGUGAUAGUAGCAACACUCUGAUGGCGUAUCAGAUCCUAGAGCAGAUCGGUGAUCAGCUUUUGUGUCUGAGGAUCUGUCGGAGCCUCCUGGAGGCCCAGGGGGAGAGGAUCAGCCUGGCUAGCACGGUCUUCCUGGUCCAGUUUAUGAUGGAUCACUUCCUGGACCUGAUGGCCAUGGAGCAGGUAGAAGAGCUUCAGGCACUCAGUCUGGGAGCCAAGGCAUUACUGUGUCUACCUGAGCCUGAGAGAUCAGACUGUGAGCAUCUUGUGUCCAAACCAAUGCUGAUAUUGGAACAGUUGCUCAUGAACACCAAGAUUGAGCAUGCCUCCAUGGUAGUGGAUUGCUUGAGACGCGAGCUUUUGUCCACACACUUCCGCCCUAGUGAUCUCUCCUUGGCGUCCUGUGAUGCCUUGGUCACCAAAUACGCCAAGAAUGCCAUCUUGUUGGUAGCGGCUGUACAGAGCCAGCAGACAGAUUUUGAGUCCACGUUACGGAGCGUGUCGGCUCAAAGCGUGACCUCACCCACUGGGCAGAGGAGGAGCAGAAGUCGCAUGAGCGUAACGUCCUUGAUGGCCUCUCUCAGUCCAUCACCUGCCUCGUCAUUGUCAUCACAAUCCGUCCCUGUAGCCAGGGACAGGGCACCCAGCCCCACACCUUCGACACAUAGUGUAUCUAGGGGUCUGUCGCCACGCGGUCAGUCAACCCUCGUGGGAACAACCCCUCGAAGAGUAUCUGUCUCGUCAAGUGUCAUGUCCAUGGGGGGCAGUGCGGAGCCUCGGACUGGUGCCUCUUUUCCACCUCCCAGCAUCAAGGAAGAUGUGGGCCUGCCUGCUGCUCCUCCAAAGAGAGAGGACUGGGUGCCAGACCUGAAGGUGACACACUGUAUGGUGUGCAAGGAGGAGCGAUUCAGCAUGUUCAACCGGCGUCACCAUUGCAGGCGUUGUGGCCAUGUGGUCUGCUGGCGAUGCUCUCAGCUCAAAGCAGUAGUAGAGGGUUACGGUGACGCACCGGUCAGAGUGUGUGAUCAUUGCUACCAGGCGUUCAUCAUGCCCAGGCCACAGCAGAGCAACAUGUCUUCUCUUGAACAACGAUUGAAAGCAAAGCAACCAGGCAGCAGACAUUCGCCAGUCAACCGUGCAUCAUCCCCUGGUUCUUGGCAGCAUCGUACGCCCGUUGCCGGCACCAGUCUUACCAGCGCUCAUUCAGGAGGAGCUGACACGCUGCUCAUGGCAGGCAUGGAGUGGCAGUUGACACUGGACGAUGUUUACAAUGCUCUGAUCAGAGAGGACUUCUACUAUGAGCAGGCUCCCAGUACAUCUGUGUGCCUGUCCAUUCUAGACCUACACAGUGACCACAGUACCUGUGGGACCCUCAUACUCCAGAUAUGCCGCGACUUGUCAGAGUAUCUGAGGCCGAUCCGCCCGGGGGUGCCCAACCCAGAAGUAGACUACAACCUCAUUAUCAGCAUGAUGAAGACACUCCUGUUUAAUGCUAAGCUGCGAUUCAUCAAAGAUGGAGACAGCAGCAGCAUUGAGCUGUGUGAUAGUUACAGAAGCUUUGUGGAUCUACUGAGUCUAUUUGUCAGGAGUAACAGCGCUGAUAUACCCAGCAUACAACAACUGGCCAAUGCUGACUCAGCGAGGCAAGUUAGAGAUCGUCUAGUCCUUGCGGAGCGUCUAUCUUUGGCCACGGAGGUAUCCACAAAGUGUGGCCUGGACUCGUCGGCUGUCUGGUCAGCCUGGGGGAUGAGCUGCCUCAGGGCAGGCGACUAUCAAGGAGCUAGGGAGAAGUUUGCAAGAAUUCUCAAGGCCCCGAUCGAUAAAAACGUCAUGAGCGUGCCGUCCAAACUAGUAACCGACGUCAUUCAGUAUCUGGAGACAUCAGCGUCACAAGCAGACACGGCUCAAGCCAUCCUCAGUGCAUCAGCAGCCUCCAUCAGAGAUUUCAUUGCUGAACCAACCAAUGCGUCAUUCUCUGCCACUGCUUUAGACAACCCAGCUCUCCAGGAGUGCCAAUACUACAUCACCACCUACUGCCCUCAUAUCUCCAUGGUUCAGUUCUACCGUCGGCACAGCAGGCUCUCCCUAGCCGUGUCCUACAUCCUAAGCCAGCAUUGUUCCACUGAAGUCUUCCUGGAGGGCCUGCUGGCACCCUGCAUGAAGCAUGGCAACUUAAAGGGUCUGCAGACCGAGAUGCUGAACAAGGAUCCCACCUUGGUGUCCUGGAGCAACUACCUGACGGCAACCUGUCGAUACCUCAACGCCCACAGUCUGGCCCACGUGCUCUACAAUGUACAGCUCUUUAUGAAGGAUUUCGUCCGUGCCUCCAUGACGUGCAUCAAAUUCUACCAGUCUGGUGCCAAGACCUACUCGGACCUGUUUGAUCGCCUCCAGUACCUGACUAAAGCCAAGGAGCAUAUGCGGGCCGUGCUGGAUGAGAAACAGUGGGAGAGUGUUCCCAGACCGCCCAUGACAAACUCCACUGCCAAAGGCGGUGUCCCGUCCUGGGCACUGGCUAGUGAUGUUAACAUUAGGCUCAUGAUGUCGCCCUCUCAACUGACAAAUCACAUGAACACCAUCAGCCAGCAGAUUGAGGUCACCAAGUUCCUGCAUAGGAUGUCGUCGUCAGGGAAGACCUCCCUCAUGGGUUCCUCUCAGGGGGCGGAGUCCAGCUCCCAGCAGCUCCCCACGCUGUUUGGCAACAGCAAAAUCAAAGCUGAGGUGGCAUACAGGGUUCUUCUUGCUGGUCAGUCUGUCAAUGACGGCUUCCAGAUGGCAUUUCAGAUUAUUCAGGAUUUUCGUCUUCCGGACACGCUGAUAUACAGCCAUAUUGGUCGCCGGCUGGCCACACAGCACAAGUACAAGGACAUCCAUCAGCUGUUGUCUUGUGUGCGGAAUACCGGGCUGUCUAACAAUGAAUGCUGUGACGAGAUACUAGACGCAUGCGUCCGAGUCUUGGCCAGUGAUACCAGCCAGACUAAGGAGGUGGAAGCACUCAUCAAACUCAUCAAGAGUGAUACCAACAAGAUCAAUGCCCUGAUGCUGUGCGGCAAGCUGAAAUCGGCCUAUCUCAUCGCCGUCAAGGCCGAGCGCGUGGAAGACGUGCAGCGCAUCUUGAGUGCUGCCCAGCGGGCUGGACCGGGACAGGCCCAGAUGAAGACCAUCUGUGAGAGCUGGCUGGCCUCCCAGGCAGAGAAGAGAAAGAGAGAGAUGAAGGCCAAGGAACUGCUGACCAGGGGCAGGCAAGAGAGGAGGUAGCAGUGAGGAAAACGAAGGAGGUAGCCAGAAAAUGGAUGAAGUUACCAUGGUAAUUUUACAUAGUAAAAUGUCAUCCUGAGAGGAGAUAACCAUGAAAGUGUAUAUUUGAAAUGAAUGCAAUGGAUGCUGUUACCAUGGUAAUUAAUAAUGGUGGAAACUUAUUCGAAGAGCGGCUAGCUGUUUGAACAUAUAUUUGGAACAGAUGAAGUAACCAUCGGAAUGGGUGCAGUUACCAUGGUGAUAAAUACAAAAAUUAAAGAGAAAACUUUUGAAUCAUUAUUAAAGUUGGAAUGAAUGAGGUAACCGUGGCAAUGGAUGUGGUAACCAUGGUAAUACAAACAAAUUGCGCUUACUCCAUCUGGAGUUAACUACAGGAAGAGGUAUUGGGAAAUGAGGUUGAUGGUCAGAUAAGCAAUUGCUGAAUUCAUUAGAGAGAUGCUAAAACUGCCAUAAAGGACAUUAUAUUUCUUUGUAUUUCAACUAUUAAAACAAACAGUUUGUGUGGUGCAACAAACUUUUGUAACUUUGUUUCCUCGUGAAGAGAAAAAUAAUGGGUGAAGCUUACUAAGAGAAUGGACAAGAGAGACGUGUACUCGGGAACUAUGUGCAAUGGACUCCAUUGCAAUGGACUCCAUUGAAAGGAAAUAGGGCAAUAAGAAACCCAAAGAUGCAAUCAAACACUGCCUUAAGAUGUUGCUGCCAUUACUGUCAUAGUUCAUUUAAUUAUGUAAUCAUAUCUUCUGAGCUGUAGGAAAACAACAGAUCACACAAAAAUACUAAUAAGUUGACAAAGCAUACUUUUAUGGGUUGUUUUAACUACAAGAAUUCUGCACAUCAUACAAUAUUUGAAAUCUUGAUAAAAAGAAUAAUUUUCCCGGUAUGAAGACAUUACUGUUGGUUUUACAUUUUAUUAUAAUUUUUAAUAGUUUUAAAAAAGCCAAGAAACAUUGUAAAAGAACAGCCUUGUACUAGGGAUUCCUUCCCAAAUUUGAACACAGAGCAAGUGUCCUGAACAAUCCCCCCUUUCCCGAAAAGAAAUCAAAAUUGGACGGCAAACAGUAUAACUAAAAGGACAGAAACCGAGUCUGAUUAAACACAGUCCAAAUGAGAAAAAAAACAUACUUCAUAAAGGAACGGUAAUUAAUAAUUAAUCCUAAGUAUUCAUUCAGUUUUAUUCAUUGCAUGAAGUUUGGGGAAUUUUCAUUGGACAAACUUAAAUGGGUGCUAUGUUGAUUAUUUUUUUUAUCAGUAAAGUAACAUUAGUACUUAAAAGUGAUGGUUUUUCCAGCUAAGAAUGUACAUUAAGGUUUUUGUAUAUCAAAGUGUGAGAGUAACCUUUUUGUCAUGUGUUUCUAUUCUGUUUUCCAAAUCUUAAUGCCAAGUCAAAUUUCUACCUCACCAAAAUUCGAGUUGAAUAUCUAAAAUGAAGAAUACCUACUUCUCAACACAAAAAAUGCUCUUCUUUGUUUUGCCUGUAUGAGAUAUAAUCCCAGAAUACUGAAGAAUGUUUAGAUUUUAUUUUAUUUAAAUCGUUUGUGCCUUUGGUAGAUGUACAAAAGUUGUACCUACCUUCUAAAACCAAUUUCCUCUCAAUUCUAGGGUUUACGGUGUAAAUUUAACUCUCCAUUUCUCUUUCCCAAAUUCUUCCAUUUUCUACACAAAAGAUCAGUCUAAUUUAGUUAAACAUGUAAGUUUUUGCAUCAAACUCAGUUUACCUGAUGCAAUUUUGAAGUAAGAGAUCUGAUAUUCUGAAGUAUUUUCCAACUGCAUCCGUAUUAUUAAACUUAGCUAGCAAAUAAUAUGUAAUCUAAAAGUGUCAGCUAUCUCAGAAAUGUCUGAUUCUCUUGUAAUUAUUUCAAUGGAUCGCUCAGGGAUCGACGGAAAAUCCUAAGAAUUCUACUAGGUGUUGUUUUGAAAAACAAACACAAAUCAGGAUGUGUGCUCUGGUAUGGCUUUAUGAUCGAGAAUAGACACGCAAAGGGAGAACAAAAGAUCCUUUCAGUCCUCGAGCGUUGGGUCUUUUGUUGAAAAUAGUCCUGGAUCCUACUGCUAUGUGCUUAGUCUAUUGGAGAGUGUUAUAUUACAGGGACAAAAGAAAACACAAAGCAUUGUCCUCGGGCGUAUAGAAAUUCACAACUUCGUGAAGUGGCAUGUGUCUACUGGCUUGAUUGAAAUCACUCUGCCUGUCAGAGCUCAGCCUGAAAUGAUUUUUGAGUGGAAUAAUCGUUAUAUUAAAUAAUAUUUUGCUUCAUAUUUUCAUUAAGAAAAAUGGCAAGUAUAAAAAUUAAGCUGUAUAUCUGAUAACGGAAUGUACAGAUAUAUCUACUUCAUAAUAUGACUACAUAAUCAAUUACUGCUGACCUAUAUAAAUCAUCUAAUAAAGUGAAAUGAAAUGUUUUUAUUUAAUUGAUUAUUAAAGAAGCUUUGUUGUUUGUGCCAUUUUUGAUUGCAGCAUAUCGAUAGCAAACAAUAAACAUAUUUUUUACAGAAACACA